AUGGUGCCGGCAGUUGUUGCUGCUGCUGCUGGUGAUGAUAAUGAUGAUGAUGAUGUUGCCGUCGUCGUCGCUGGUGGUGUUAGUGUUGUUGUUGUUGUUGUCGAUAUCAAGAUGUUUACACACGGGAAACCCCUGAACUACAGCCCGUUGGGUGAAACUGGCGGCCAAACUACAGAGAUCAAGCAGUAUGAACGAGUGACGACGAUGAGAUGA